AUGUCCAAGCACAAUACGCCAGUUGGUCGCGGCCACCUCUGGUCGGGUCGACUGCUGCUGGGGCUCUACCAUGCGGCACGGGGAUUGUCGUUGCUGUCCAGCACGCUGGAUCUGAAGCGGGAUCAAGUGCAGCUGAAGGCGCCGCGUCGUCAAAGCAAUCGUCUGUUGAUCUUAUUGUGGCGCGCCAUUUUGAUAAGCAUCUAUUGGUUCAUGAUACCCAAAAUCUUUUAUAUGAUGAAAUCGCCGCAAAGCUAUGCAGCUAUUUUUGCCUCGCUGCAGUCGACCUCGGUGUCAAUUUUUGCCUUUACUUCCUUCAUCAAGCAGGUGCGAUCGGAGUCCAAAUUUAUGGCCAUACUGAAUCGCUACAUAGCAGUCCAUGGACGCAUCUGUGCGCUGACGCAAUCCCAACACCUAUUCCCGCUCAAGUUUGUCACAUUGUACACCAUAAAACUGCUACUGACGAUCAGCGGUUGCCUCUACGAGCUGCCACAGCUGCUGCCGUUGAGUUAUGUGAUGAAUAUGGAAGUGACUCGUGUGCUUAGCGGAGUGAUUGCCGUUUACUUGUGGCUGGGCACACUUUUCUUACUGGAUGCCUGUUUCCUGGGCUUAUGCGUAUCCGGCGUGCUCUACGAGCAUAUGGGUGCCCACAUUGCAAAAAUGCUGCAGCAAAUGCGUUCCAUCGACAUUAUGGAUUGCCAGGAUGAGGAAUCCGAUAUGGCAAAUCCAACUCCGCCUGUCCAACUCAGUCGUUACAAGCGUAUGUGUUUGCUCUGCGAUCGGGCGGAUGAGCUGGAAGUGUGUGGCAUUAUCUAUAGCGAGCUGUAUAAGAUAACUAUCUCGUUUUGCUGCAUCUUCCAAUGGCAAAUUAUGUUUUAUAUCUAUUACAAUUUUAUUGUCCUUCUGCUAAUGCUGUACGAGUAUAUUUUGAACUAUUUGGAGGCAUCCGAAGGUGAUUGGGUGCACAUCCUGAUGAUUGCCAUUAAGCUGGCCAAUAUUGUGCUAUUGAUCAUGUGUGCGGAUUAUACGAUCACCAAGUCGCAGAUGCCACAGACUCUGCCAUUGGAUAUUAUUUGUACCGAUAUAGAUGUGCGAUGGGACAAAAGCGUGGAGUCUUUUCUGGGUCAACUGAAAACGCAGCAAUUGGAAAUCACUGUGCUGGGCAUCCUUCAGCUAAGCAACGAAUUAAUACCGACAAUUUUAUCGGCAAUCGUAACAUAUUUAUUUAUAUUGAUACAGUUCGCCUAUACUGGUGGCUUCGAUAUGAGCGAGGAAAUUAUGGGUGGUGCUGAGAAGUCGGUGCUCGUUAAGCAGCAGCAGCAGCAGCAGCAGCAGCAGCAGUAG